UGGGGAAUGGAAUUUCCUAAUAAUUUCACAAUUUUCGUAAUAAUUUAUUUCUAUUUUCAAUUAAAGUUACGUUGUGUUUACUUUAUUCAUUAACUUUGUUUUAUUCGUAACUUAGUGCACCGCCUGAACUGGAUUGUUGGUGUCCGUUCACCGAGUCGCUCGUGUAAUCAGUAAGCGGCUGCCAAGAGCGAACAAUUGCAACCUUGAACCUAGGGAAACAGCUGCUGUUAUAAGGUUUAUUGAUGUAAAAUGGACUCAUUCUUCAGCCUCUUUGAUCCGUCUGACGGGAAUGAAACUAAACAGAAGAAGAAACAUAAACCUGAGCCAGAAAUUAGAAAAGAUGGCCCUAAAGGCAGGCGAAGAGGGCGGAGGUCGCAGGGCAAGAAUGAGACUCUUCCGGAGGAGUCCUCGUUCCUGUGUGAGCCCGACCUUAGUAAUGAAAUAUUAGUUAAGGACUGCAACUACAUAGAGAAUUACAUGGAGGUUAAGAGUGUGGAAGACAAGGAGAAAGCUUCAGAAAAAGACAUAGAUAAGAAACCGAAAAGGCGUAACUCGGGGCGCAAGAAUAGGAGGAAAAAGAAGCCGUCACCACCCAAAGAGUUCUGCUGGAGUCAAGAGGAACCGGAAACGCUAAACAACCAGUCGGUCAUACAGAAAAACAGCGACGAACGAAUCGGAAAAAACGUCAAUAUCCUCAAACCUGACAAGAAAUGCAACAAGUUCGAUAAAGACACCGAAGCAGAAAUCGCUAAAGCUAAGCGUAAAGUGAGCGCGGAAUUCGACGAGCGUGUGUACAACGUGAUAGACAAUUUGGAGAAGGUUAGAAUUAAGGAUGACAUGUAUAUGGCGGGAGAGUUCAGCUCGGACGAUCUGGAGAGCGAUUUCUUCUACAGCUCCGAUGAUUUGGAUGAAUUCUGUGAUGAUACGACGACGGACGCGGAGGACUCCGGCGACGAGUGCUACGGCAGCCUGCCGCCUGAGCCGCGCUUCGGCAACGUCGAGUACAAGCUGCAGCUCGUCGCGCCCUGCGAGAGACGCUUCCAGCAUCUCGUCACGCAGUUAAAAUGGCGUCUGCGAUCCGGCGGGGGGAGUGCAGUGUACGUGGUGGGUGUGCGGGACUGCGGCGCGCUGCGCGGGCUGCGAGCGGCGGCGCUGCGGGCGAGUCUGCGGUCGUUGCGGGACAUGGCGCGGGCUAUCGGCGCAGAGAUUGUCGCGGCGCGCGCACGCAGGUUGGCGCCGCAUAGGGCGGUAGCUGAAGUUUAUAUACGGAAGCUCGCAGCCAGUCAGAGCGUGGAGCUGCGAGUGGCGGUGCUCGGCGCGAACGAGGCCGGCAAGUCCACUCUAGUCGGAGUAUUGACGCAAGGUGAAUUAGACAACGGUAGAGGGAGCGCCCGGCUGAACAUGUUCCGUCACCUGCACGAGGUCAAGAGCGGCCGGACCUCCUCGCUCAGCCACGAGAUACUCGGCUUCGACGCACAGGGGAACGUGGUGAACUACGGGUGUUCGGAGCUGAUGACGGCGGAGCGGAUCGGCGAGCGGUCGGCCAAGCUCGUGGCCUUCCUCGACCUGGCCGGACACACCAAGUACCAGCGCACCACGCUGCACGGCCUCACCGGGUACUCGCCACACUACGCCAUGCUUGUGAUCUCAGCGACGGCGGGCAUCACUCGCAUCACGGAGGAGCACCUGGGGCUGGUGGUGGCGCUGGACCUGCCCGUGUUCGUGGUGGUCACCAAGUGCGAGCUCGCACCCGCCGCGCUGCCCGCCUUGCUGGACCGCCUCACGCGCCUACUGCCCACGGACAAGAAACCACUACUGAUUACUGACGAGAACCUCGCUCGGAGCUGCGUCGCGCCGCAAAAGUCGAUACUUGACACCAUCGACGAUGAAAACGACAACAAAAAGGACGACGAAUGUUCGCGCUGCGUGCCCGUGUUCCCAGUGAGCUGCGUACGCGGGGCGGGGCUGAACGCGCUACACGCGUACCUGCUAGCGCUACAACCGCCCGAUGCGCACGCGCAGCCUGCGCAUUUACACGAAACAUGCGAGUUCCAAAUCGACGAGAUCUUCCACGUGGGGGAGGCGGGGCCGGUGGUGGGCGGGCUGCUGGCGCGCGGACAGCUCAGGGAGGGGGACGACCUCAUCAUAGGGCCACUAGACAACGGGGAGUUCGUGGAGAUAUCGGUGAAGACAAUAUACCGGAACCGCGUGCCGUGCGGCGCGGUGCGGGCCGGCCAGUCCGCCUCGCUCGGCCUGUCCCACUACCCCCCCUCGCUGCGGCAGGGCAUGGUGCUGCUGGCGGUGCCGGGGGGCUACCAGGAGGGAAAGCGACCCACCUUCGGCGCCUGCCCCCCGGGGAGGUGCAAACUAAGACAGACGAACGUUGAUGGAACGCAAGUGGACAAAAAUCGCAAAGCGGCACGAAGGAAAAAAAUCUCACAGUCAAGUGACGGCGAAGGGAAGAGUGUUAAUGUUAACAUGUACGAGAAAUCCGUGCAAGACGCCUCCAGCGAUGAGGAGAAGUGUGUGCAUAUGCCGGAGACCUGCAUAUGCCCGGAGAUCAUGCUGGAAGAUCCCAAUGAUCCGAGAGGAUGUAUAUUCUUCCAGGCGUCGGUGCAGGUGCUGCGUCACUCGACGGCGAUCUACCCCGGCUUCCAGUGCUCCGUGCACGUCGGCAACGUGCGACAGACCGCCAUCAUUGAGGCUAUAAUGAGCGUGAGCGGGGAGCUGCGGGCGGGGCAGGCGGCGGCGGUGGUGUUCAGGUUCGCGCGCUGCCCGGAGUACCUCGUGUGCGGACGGCGGCUGCUCUUCACAGCCGGACUCGGCACCAGAGGAAUCGGAAGGAUUACCCAAACCUUUCCCUACAUACCUUGAGCGGACCGCGAACACUUUGGAGAAAAAUCAAAUCUUAAGCCUCAUUCACACCCCUGAUUCGACUGGGAUUCGGCAACUUCCCUGCGCAACAACCAAUCGACGCUCGCCGCGCUAAGCGUUGACCAAUAAUAAUACAAGUUUCCGAAUUAGAGUCGAACGGGAAUUGAAGACGUAAGUGGAUAAAGUGGAUAACGACAAUUUUCAAUUUGUUUUUUUUUUUUUAUAAAUAGAGGCUUUAGGACCGGGAAAAUGAUUUAGAAUCAAUAAAAAGUGAAUUUUACGUAUAGUUAGAUAUAUUAGCUAGAUUACGAAGUAGGAAAGAUACAAGGUUUUAGUACGGGAACCCUAGAACAAUUUUUUUUUAUUGCUAUCAAGCUAUUUUUUUG